CGAGCAGCAGCGGCAGCAGCGGCAGCAGCAGCAGGCAGGCGAGCGAGCGAGGUAGCGGCCGUCUCGUUUUGAGCGGAGCCAGUGCAUGCACCACAUCGACAUUCGUGCGUUCAAUAGCUUUGAGAUCUCUGGUGGGCUUCCGAAGCCAUGAUGACCCUGCCGACCGUCCGCCAGGCGCUGGUCCUAUCUUGCGUUCUAUGGAUGUUGUACACCUGCACCGCCGGAUUAAUCGAUCCCAAGACAUGUGACACAGUCCAUGGUUGGACUGCUCACGGCUCCCACUGCUACAAGAAGAUGGAGACCACCAACGGUUGGCUGGGGGCUCGUUACGACUGCCUCUUGGAGCGCGCCGACCUUGUCUCCAUCACCGCCGAGGACGAGGAAGACUUUGUGAAGGAGCAAAUGGGCAACAAGCCCUUCUGGAUCGGACUCUCCAAUCUGAAAUGCAAUGGGGACUGGUGUGACUCUUCGGGAGAAGAGAAGCUGACUUGGUCCGACACCGCUGCGACGUCGACCCACGCCAACUGGGACUCGCGUCAAAAGGGAAGCGCCAACGUUGAGUCCUGCGCCUACGUCAACCAAGGUGUGCGCUCCACCAAUCAGCCUGGCAAGUGGAGACAUGGAUCGUGCCGAUCCUCCUUGGCAUACAUGUGCAAGCGGUCGGCGAGUGACUGCCCGGACGGACGGCCGUGUUCCUUCAAAGACUUUGGUUACAGUUACAGUCGAGUUGAGACUUCCUUCUGCGACUCUGGCGAGUUCUUGUACAAGGACUCGUGUUACCAUUUUGAGGGGACACGUAAAAUCUGGAAAGCGGCUGAGGAUUUCUGCAAGAACAAGGGAGGUCACCUGGCCAGCGUCCACUCACAUGGUGACCGACAAUUUUUGACUGAUCACAGGCGACAAGAAGAUCCAGAAGCAUGGUAUUCUUGGCUGGGACUCAAGGGGAACAAUGGCAAGUUGGAGUGGAGCGAUGGAUCAGCUACAGAUGACGUUCCCUCGUCUCUUUCUACAUCAUCAGAUGUCUGCUCCAUAUUGAACGAUGUAGGUAUCAUUGAGAUGGUUCAUUGCAGUGACAGUGGCAUUCGUCCAUCCAUCUGUCAAAAAGGCAAAGCCAGACAUUCUCUUUCGGUUCUUCUGGCGCCGACAUCAGCAUCAGGAUCAAUCAAGAAAUGUGACGCAAAACUGGGAUGGACUCUUCACGGGUCCCACUGUUACAAGAAGAUGGAGACAACCAACGGUUGGCUGGGGGCUCGUCACAACUGCCUCUGGGAGGGCGCCGACCUUGUUUCCAUCACCUCCAAGGACGAGGAAGACUUUGUGAAGAGGCAAAUGGACGACAAGCCGUUCUGGAUCGGACUCUCCAAUCUAAACUGCGACAAGGGCUGGUGUAUCUUUUCGGGAGAAGAGAAGCUGACUUGGUCCGACACCGCUGUGACGCCGACCUACGCCAACUGGGACUCGCGUCAAGACGGAAGCGCCAACGUUGGCUCCUGCGCGUACGUCAACCAAGGUGUGCACCUCUCCAGUCAGCCUGGAAAGUGGAGACAUGGAUCGUGCCAAUCCUCCUUGGCCUACAUGUGCAAGUGGUCCCUGGAUGGCUGCCCGGACGGAUGGCCGUGUUCCCUCAAAGACUACGGAUUGGCCUACCAUCGAGCGGAGACUUCCUUCUGCGAGUCUGGCGAGUUCUCGUACAAGGACUCGUGUUACCAUUUUGAGGGGACACAUACAAACUGGGAAGCGGCUGAGAAUUUGUGCAAGAACAAGGGAGGUCACCUGGCCAGCGUCCACUCACUGGUUGACGGACAAUUUUUGGCUGCUCACAUGCGAUUAGUAUAUUGGUCUUGGCUUGGACUCAAGAAGAACAAUGGCAAGUUGGAGUGGAGCGAUGGAUCAGCUACAGAUGACGUCCCCUCGUCUCUUUCUACAUCAUCAUCAUACGACUGCUCCAAAUUGGCCGAUGAUGGUAAAAUUGUCAUCGAGAACUGUGAUGACCUUCGUCCAUCCAUCUGUCAAAAAGUUCUUCCGGCGCCGACAUCGCCAUCAGGAUCAAUCAAGACAUGUGACGCAAGAAUUGGAUGGACUCUUCACGGCUCCCACUGCUACAAGAAGAUGGAGACCCCCAACGGUUGGCUGGGGGCUCGUUACGACUGCCUCUGGGAGGGCGGCGACCUUGUUUCCGUCACCUCCAAGGACGAGGAAGACUUUGUGAAGGAGCAAAUGGGCGACAAGCCGUUCUGGAUCGGACUCUCCAAUCUGAACUGCGACGAGGACGUGUGUGAGUUUUUGGAAGCGGGAGAAAAGAAGCUGACUUGGUCCGACACCGCUGUGACGCCAACCUACGCCAACUGGGACUCGCAUCAAGACGGAAGCGCCAACGUUGGCUCCUGCGCCUACAUCAACCAAGGUGUGCACCUCUCCAGUCAGCCUGGAAAGUGGAGAUAUGGAUCGUGCCAAUCCUCCUUGGCCUACAUGUGCAAGUGGUCCCCGGAUGACUGCCCGGACGGAUGGCCGUGUUCCUACAAAGACUUGGGUUACGGUUACAGACAAGUUGAGACUUCCUUCUGCGACUCUGGCGAGUUCCUGUACAAGGACUCGUGUUACCAUUUUGAGGGGACACAAACAAACCAGGAAGCGGCUGAGAAUUUGUGCAAGAACAAGGGAGGUCACCUGGCCAGCGUCCACUCACUAGUUGACGGACAAUUUUUGGCUGCCCACCGGGCACUAGGAUGGUAUUCUUGGCUGGGACUCAAGGAGAACAAUGGCAAGUUGGAGUGGAGCGAUGGAUCAGCUACAGAUGACGUCCCGUUGUAUCUUCCUACACAACCAUAUACCUGCUCCAAAUUGACAAGUGACGGUGAAGUUUACAUGGACACUUGCGAAACCCUUCGUCCAUCCAUCUGUCAAAAAGGCAAGGCCAGAGAUUCUCUUCCGCUUCUUCCGGCGCCGACAUCCGCAUCAGGCAAGAGCGCAAAGUGCGGCUGGUGGCAGGAAAACCCCGCCAACGACAGCUUCUGCUACCUGAUCAACUCCAAGCCCAGCAAGACCUGGAAGGAGGCGCGAGACAAGUGCGCCCGCCUCAGCGGCAACCUGCUCGGCAUCACCGACUCGCAGGAACACGCCUUCAUCCAAGGUCUUGUGCCAAAGGCUUCCUCUUUGUGGUUGGACACCGACGACACCACGGUUGAAGACGGCAGCGAGCAGUCGGCCCAAUCCUCACCCAAUUCCGUCCAGUUAGCCGCCGCAGGUGACUCCAGUAACCCCUCCGGCCGACGCUGCAACUUUCUCAGUGGCGAGGGCGGCGGAGAAGUCGGCGAUUGCAAGACGAAGCGCGGCUACGUCUGCAAGAGAAGAGUCAUUCAGACAUGUGAUCGGACCAAAGGCUGGCGCCGCUCGGGCUCCAAGUGCUACAAGAAGAUGGCGACCACCAACGGUUGGCUGGGGGCUCGUUACGACUGCGUCUUGGAGGGCGGCGACCUGGUCUCCAUCACCUCGCCUUACGAGGAAAUCUUUGUGAAGAAGCAAAUGGGCGAUAAGCCGUUCUGGAUCGGACGCUCCAAUCUGAAAUGCAACGAGGCCUGGUGUCAGCUUUCGGAAGCGGGAGAAAAGAGGCUGACUGGGUCCGACGACACCGCCGUGACUCCGACCUAUGCCAACUGGGACUCGCGUCAAGACAGAAGCGCCGACGUUGGUUCCUGCGCGUACGUCAACCAAGGGGCGCACGGAGGCACUCAGCCUGGCAAGUGGAGACAUGGCUCGUGCGCAUCCUCCUUGGCGUACAUGUGCGAGCGGCCGCUCGACGCCUGCCCGGAGGGACGGCUGUGUUCCUACAAAGACUACGGAUUGGGCUACCAUCGCGUGGACACUUCCUACUGCGACAAUGGCGACUUCCUGUACAAGGACUCUUGCUAUCACUUUGAGGGAAUGGUGCGCCCUUGGGCGGGAGCCGAGAGGUUCUGCCAAGAAUGGAACGGUCACCUGACCAGCGUCCUCUCAUGGGAAGAGCGCCAAUUCUUGGCUGCUCACGCGCCAUAUGUAGAAGGUCUGCAAUCCUGGGUGGGACUCAAGAAGAACAAGGGCAACUUUGAGUGGAGCGACUCAACACCUGCGGGCAACACCGAGUGGGUUCCAAACGGGCCGAUAGGACGUGGUAACUGCGCUGCCUUGUCGCAAACUGGGAAACUUGAGGACUGGCCAUGCACCAAAAACCAGCCAUUCAUCUGUAAAAAAGCCAAGGUCCAAGACUUUCUUCAUUUUCUGCCGCCACCAGGCCGGAGCGCAAAGUGCGGCUGGUGGCAGGAGCGGACCUCCUCCGACUUCUGCUACCUGAUCCAACGCAGGCCAACCAAGGUCUGGAAGGAGGCACGAGACGACUGCCGCCGCCGCGGAGGCGACCUGCUCAGUAUCACCGACUCACAAGAACAGGACUUCAUACAAAGUCUGUACGCUUCUCUUCCGAGCGCUCCCUCCCUGUGGUUGGGCGUCAACAACAACAUCAUGAAAGACGGCAGCAAGUGGACUGACGGAUCCUUCUUCGGUUACAUCCACAUGAACGCAGAUGACCCCGGCGACCUCUCCGGUGCGUCCUGUCUUUCCCUGCGCACAAGCAACGACCGCUGGAAGUUUGACGAUUGCCGAAAGAGGAAAGGCUACGUCUGCAAGAAAAGAGGAAACGUUCCGACACCUUCGCAGCAGCCUCAUGACGGAUUAAUCAAUCCCAAGGCAACAUGUGACGCAGUCAAUGGUUGGAGUGCUCACGGCUCCAACUGCUACAAGAAGAUGGAGACCCCCAACGGUUGGCUGGGGGCUCGUCACAACUGCCUCUGGGAGGGCGCCGACCUUGUCUCCAUCACCUCCCAGGACGAGGAAAUCUUUGUGAAGGAGCAAAUGGGCAACAAGCCCUUCUGGAUCGGACUCUCCAAUCUGAACUGCGACGAGGACGUGUGUGAGUUUUUGGAAGCGGGAGAAAAGAAGCUGACUUGGUCCGACACCGCUGUGACGCCGACCUACGCCAACUGGGACUCGCGUCAAGACGGAAGCGCCGACGUUGGCUCCUGCGCCUACGUCAACCAAGGUGUGCACCUCUCCGGUCAGCCUGGCAAGUGGAGACAUGGAUCGUGCCAAUCCUCCUUGGUGUACAUGUGCGAGCGGUCGCCCGACGACUGCCCGGACGGAUGGCCGUGUUCCUUCAGAGACUUGGGUUACAGUUACCGUCGAGUUGAGACUUCCUUCUGCGACUCCGGCGAGUUCUCGUACAAGGACUCGUGUUACCAUUUUGAGGGGACAGGUAAAACCUGGCAAGCGGCUGAGGAUUCGUGCAAGAACAAGGGAGGUCACCUGGCCAGCCUCCACUCCCUGGUUGACGGACAAUUUUUGGCUGCUCACGAGCGAGAAGGAUUUCAUUCUUGGGUGGGACUCGAGAAUAGCACAGCCCAAUUGGAGGAGCGCAACGGAUCAUCUACAGACAACGCCACAUGGAGCCUCACUCAAGAUUCAGACGAAUGCCCACAAAUGAAUGGCAAAGAAGAAGUUGAGACCCAAGUUUGCACUGGCCUUUGUCCAUCCAUCUGUCAAAAAGGCAAGGCCAGAGAUUCUCUUCCGCUUCUUCCGGCGCCGCUGACUUCAGCAUCAGGCAAGAGCGCAAAGUGCGGCUGGUGGCAGGAAAACCCCGCCAACGACGACUUCUGCUACCUGAUCAACUCCAAGCCCACCGAGACCUGGAAGGAGGCGCGAGACAAGUGCGCCCGCCUCAGAGGCAACCUGCUCGGCAUCUCCGACUCGCAGGAUCACACCUUCGUCCAAGGUCUUCUGCCAAACGCUUCCUCCUCUGUGUGGUUGGACGCCAGCGACAUCAUGGGCGAAGACGGCAGCAAGAAGUCUGACCACUCCUCACCGAGUUCCGCCCAGUUGGCCGCCGCAGGUAACCCUGGGGACCCCUCCGGCCGGCGCUGCAACUCCUUACUUGGUGGCAAGGGCGGCCGGGAAGUUGGCGAUUGCGAGGAGAAGCGCGGCUACGUCUGCAAGAGAAGAGUCAUUCAGACAUGUGAAAGGAACAAAGGGUGGCGCCGCUUGGGCCCCAACUGCUACAAGAAGAUGGCGACCGCCAACGGUUGGCUGGGGGCUCGUUACGACUGCGUCUUGGAGGGCGGCGACCUCGCCUCUAUCACCUCGCCGAACGAGGAAAUCUUUGUGAAGGAGCAGAUGGGCGACAAACCCUUCUGGAUCGGGCGCUCCAAUCUGAAAUGCAACCAGGCCUGGUGUCAGUUUUUUGAAGCGGGAGAAAAAAGCCUGUCCUUGUUCGACGACACCGCUGCGACCCCGACCUAUGCCAACUGGGACUCGCGUCAAGGAAGAAUCGCCGAGGUUGGUUCCUGCGCGUACGUCAACCAAGGUGCGCACGGAGGCAAUCAGCCUGGCAAGUGGAGACAUGGCUCGUGCGGAUCCUCCUUGGCGUACAUGUGCGAGCGGCCGCUCGACGCCUGCCCGGAGGGACGGCUGUGUUCCUACAAAGACUACGGAUUGGGCUACCAUCGCGUGGAGACUUCCUACUGCGACAAUGGCGACUUCCUGUACAAGGACUCUUGCUAUCACUUUGAGGGGAGGGAGAGCACUUGGAAGGAGGCCGAGGACUUCUGCCAAGAAUGGAACGGUCACCUGACCAGCGUCCUCUCAUGGGACGAGCGCCAAUUCUUGGCUGCUCACGCGCCAUAUGUAGAAGGUCUGCAAUCCUGGGUGGGACUCAAGAAGAACAAGGGCAACUUUGAGUGGAGCGACUCAACACCUGCAAACAACAUCGAGUGGGUCCCAGACGGGCCGGCAGGACGUGGUGACUGCUGUGUGCUGUCGCUGACUGGACAACUUGAAGACUGGCCCUGCACCAAUAUUCGGCUAUUCAUCUGUAAAAAAGCCAAGGUCCAGGACUUUCCUCUUCCUCCGCCGCCAGGCUGGAGCGCAAAGUGCGGCUGGUGGCAGGACCGACCCUCCUCCGACUUCUGCUACCUGAUCCAACGCAGGCUCACCAAGGCCUGGAAGGAGGCGCGAGACGACUGCCUCCGCCGCGGAGGCGACCUGCUCAGCAUCACCGACUCACACGAACAGGCCUUCAUACAAAUUACCUCCAAAGCUAUGUACACUGCUCUGCCGAGCGCUCCCUCUCUGUGGUUGGGCGUCAACAACAACAUCACGAAAGGCGGCAGCGAGUGGACUGACGGAUCCCCGUUCGGUUACAUCCUCAUGGACGGAGAUGAGCCCGGUGACCUCUCUGGUGCGUCCUGUCUUUCCUUCCUCACAAGCAACAGCCGCUGGAAGUUUGACGAUUGCCGGAAGAAGAGAGGCUACGUCUGCAAGAAAAGAGGAAACACGGCCAAACCCCCGCGGCCUCAUGACGGAUUUAAGGAGACCCUUGUCUGCAACGACCGUUCUGCUGACCUGGUAUGUGAGGCUGAGGGUCAGAAGCAAGGUCGCAUCAGCAUCCAGUCUGCCUUUUACGGUCGGCGGAGCUGGGAUGUUUGCUUGGCGGACGGCGACUCAUACAAUGACGAGUACUGCACAGUGGAAGGCAUCCUCCCUCGCUACAGGAAAUGUGCAACAGCCAGCAAAAAUGCCACAUUGAGCUUAUGGAGGACGAGUCCUGCCCUGUCUCCUCCUCCAAAUAUCUGCAGAUGGUCUACAGCUGUGAACAGAAAGUAUGUCUCGACAGUCUGGGCAUCGCCGACGGGAGCGUCGCAGACUCUUCCUUCAUGGCCUCCUCCUCAAUGGAAGAUGCCACCCCAGAAAAAGCACGCCUCAACGGAGAGUCCUGCUGGAAGCCGUCAAAAGCCAUCGGCAGUUGGAUCCAGGUGAACCUCGGUUACACGAGAAAGGUGACGGGGAUCGUGACCCAGGGCUGUGAUGGCGCUAAUACUGGCUCCUGGAAUAUCCAUCUUGAGAUGAAGCUGAGCGUUAACUGGAGGAAGUGGACCGAGCACCCAAAC